AUGUCUUCUCCCGAGAAGAUGGCCUCUCUCGCCGUAGUCAACUACGAAGCCCUCGCAAACAAAGAUGCCGCCGAGGUUCAGAAGCUAGUAACAGCCUGCCAAACGGUGGGCAUGUUUUACCUAAACCUCCAGGGUCCCAGCACGAACGCCAUCUUUGAGGACAUACCAACCAUCUUCAAAACCGGGCAUGCCUUCUUCAAUCUGCCCCAUGAUAGCAACGAAAAGACACAGAGCGCUCGCGAGGGAAUGGAGCGAGGUUAUCAUGCCGGCAAGGGGUUCGAAUAUUACGAAAUUGCGCGCGAUGAGUAUCAACUUGGCAAAUGGGUCUUACCCGCCACUUUCGAGCCGGAAAAGGAGCGCAUCACGCGCACCAUCAACUCCUUUCACGGUGCCAUUCAGACGGUCGUUGCCGAGCUCUGCGCCGCCCUGGAUAUCCGCAUCCCCGAGCUGAGCGAUGAUGCCGCCGUCCCCAGCGAUACCGCUCUCAAGCUGUUGUACAAGCCUCCCAUGCACGAGCCUGGCCACGUUAUUCACCCGUGGCACACGGAUUUCGGCCUCGCCACACUGCUAUGGUAUGACGAGGUGACGACUCAGAUACCCAUCUACGACAAGGAGGGGAAGCAGACGGACGACUGGGAGACGGUCCCCGUCAUCGAUGGUACCGUGCUCAUCAACGUUGCGGAUGAGCUUGCGGCUCAAUCUGGCGGGCGCCUGCACUCGACUGUGCAUCGCGUCGUCGCUCCGCCAGGUCCCAAGAGGGUGAGGAACGGAAUUAUCUAUCUUUUGCGGCCGUACAAGGUUUAG